GGUGAAAAAAUAACCUUUCCGCGAAUUAUUUUGAAGUCUUAACCUUUAUUAGUAGCAAUCAGUAUUGUUUAAAUAAUUAUGACAGACGCUCAUCUUAAGGAGUUAGAAGAAAGGACGAGUAAAGCUGAGAAGGAAGCAAAAGUAAUAGAAGAGGAAUUAGACAGAAUUUCAAAUGAUGAUCUCAGUUACCUGAACGAUGCACGUUUAGAAAAAUUACUAGCUGAUAAUGAAAAAUUGAAACACCGUUUAGCUAUCCUAGAAAAUGCUGUCAAAGUCGAAAGCACCACAUCGUCAAAAUCAAUCAGUAAACCAGUUAGAAAACGCCCCACCUUAAUAUCGGAUAUCAGUUCCGUAGAAGGUAACAUUUGCAUUUUAGAGGAACUCAAAAAUAUUUUUGAAUUUGCAAUUUCAUCGGCAUAUUCUAAUUUGGUAGAUCCACCCGUAGUACUCACGCUUUCCGGUAAUAACCCUAAGUUUGGGGACUACCAAUGCAAUUCUGCCAUGCCCAUAUCACAGCUGCUGAAAGCGAAAAAUAUAAAGACGAAUCCAAGAGAAGUUGCUAAUAACAUUCUAAACAAAACUCCUACAUCACCUCUCAUUGAAAGAAUAGAAGUAGCAGGUGCUGGGUUUUUAAAUAUCUACCUGAAUAAAGCAUUUGUGGAACAUAUUCUAAACUGUAUAUUACGUUUUGGAAUAAAACCACCACCAGUGAAACGAGAACGUAUUAUAGUUGAUUUUUCAUCUCCAAAUAUUGCAAAGGAAAUGCAUGUAGGUCAUCUAAGAUCAACCAUUAUUGGAGACAGUAUUUGUCGAACUCUUGAGUUUUUAAAUAAUGAUGUCCUUAGGAUUAAUCAUCUAGGCGAUUGGGGAACUCAAUUUGGUAUGCUGAUAGCUCAUUUACAAGAUAAGUAUCCAGAUUUCAAAAUACAUUCUCCACCAAUAUCAGAUUUGCAAGCAUUUUAUAAAGAAUCAAAGAAAAGAUUUGAUGAAGAUGAGCAAUUUAAAAAACGGGCAUAUACUUGUGUUGUACAAUUACAAUCUGGAGAACCAGACAUCAUUGCUGCUUGGAAGUUGAUUUGUGAAGUAUCAAGACAGGAAUUUCAGAAAAUCUAUGAUCGUCUUGAUAUUAAAAUAAUUGAUCGAGGUGAAUCCUUUUAUCAAAGUCGAAUGGUCCGAGAUGUUGCUUUUCUAAAAGAAAAUGGGCUUCUAGAAGAGGAUGAGGGGAGAUUAAUUAUGUGGGGAAAUCCUGACAAUCAUGACAAUAUACCUUUAACCAUUGUUAAAUCUGAUGGAGGAUUUACUUAUGACACGUCUGAUAUGAGCACCAUAAGACAGAGAGUAGAAGAUGAAAAAGGUGACAGGUUUAUUUAUGUAACAGAUGCAGGGCAACAUACACACUUUGUAGUAAUUGAAGCUUGUGCCAAGAGAGCUGGAAUACUGAAAGAUCAACAAAAAUUGGAACAUGUGGGAUUUGGUGUAGUAUUAGGAGAAGAUAAGAAAAAGUUCAAGACAAGAUCAGGAGAUACCGUUAAGCUUAUUGAACUUCUUGAUGAGGGCUUAAAAAGGUCAUUGGAUAAAUUAAUAGAGAAAGGUCGGGAUAAAGUACUCACUGCAGAAGAAUUGAAGGAGGCUCAAGAAGCAGUCGCAUAUGGGUGCAUUAAAUAUGCAGAUCUAUCUCACAACAGAAUCAAUGACUAUAUUUUCUCAUUUGACAAGAUGUUGGAUGAUAAGGGUAAUACAGCUGUAUAUUUAUUGUAUGCUUUGACUAGAAUCCGGUCAAUAGCUAGAACUGCAAAAGUUUCAGUUGCGGAGUUGAUGAAAAAAGCUCAGACAACAGGUAUCAAGUUCACCCAUGAAGCUGAAUGGAAACUUGGUAAAGUGCUUGUACGAUUUCCAGAAGUAAUCCUCAAAGUAUCAAAUGAUUUAUUUUUGCAUACUUUAUGUGAAUAUUUGUAUGAAAUAUCUACCACAUUCACAGAAUUUUAUGACAAAUGUUACUGUGUUGAAAAAAAUAAAGAAGGAGAAAUAGUAAAUAUUUUUUAUGAGAGAUUGAUGCUUUGUGAAGUGACUGCUUGUAUAAUGGAAAAGUGUUUUGAUAUUCUUGGAAUUAAAACAGUAUCCAAAAUGUAACUUUAACAAGUCAGUGUGGUGAUACUACGGUUUUAUUUUUAAGCGUAUCACAAUAUUUAUGAUCAUUCAUUACUAAGCAUGAAAUGAGAAGUAUGUUUAUUAAUUACAAUACCUUAUUU